AUGGGCCAAACCCAGAACGUUGAAGAAGGUGCUCCACCCAUCACUCCGCCUGAAGUGGAGGUGAACCGUCGGCGAAAGGACUAUCUGCACCGCUUGGGGAUCCAAAAGGAUCACGAGAAGUUUGCUGGCUACCAGCCUCCUGUUCCACCGACUGCCACCGCUGAGGCACCGGACAGGCUUCAGCACUCAGAGGAACCGGGGGAGAAGGAGGGCGAGGAUUUUGAAAUGAAUGCACUGGACUUGAAGAGCCAAGACGACUUCAGGGUGAACUUUCUCCGCAAGCUUUCCUACUCGCAGGUGUGGGUGCCACAGGCGCAGAAGUCACCGCAACAUCAGACGGUGAUCAUCUUCGACUGGGAUGACACGCUUCUUUGCACAUCAUUUCUCAAUCUCCGCCAGGAGCAUGGGCUCUCCCAUGCCGUGGAACGAUGCUUGAAGGAAAUCGAGUCGGCUUCGAAGAAGCUUCUGCAACUUGCCCAGCGCAUGGGCCACACCUUCAUCAUCACGAACGCCAUGAGCGGUUGGGUCGAGUACAGUGCAGCGAAGUGGGCUCCCGGCAUGUUGGACGUGCUUCAGAGAAUUCGGGUCAUCUCUGCGCGCACCAAGUUCGAGCCAGAAUUUCCCGGUGAGGUCGGAAAGUGGAAAGAAAAUGCUUUCCUUGAGGUGCAAAAGCAGCUAGAUAACGAGAUCAUCACCAAUCUGAUUUCCGUAGGCGACUCGAACUUCGAGAUGGAUGCCCUGCACGUCAUGGGCAAGCAGUUUGCGCAGGCUCUCGUAAAGACCAUCAAGUUCAGGGAGAACCCAUCGCCAGAAGAACUUCUGAAGCAGUUAGAACUUGUGACGCAAAAGUUCGAGAAGAUCGUGGAGAAUGCCCGCAACCUGAAGAUUGGAUUGGAGAGAAAGUGGGUUGGGAACCCGCAUGCCGCCUGA